UGUGAUAACAAAAUCCAACGGCGCUGCAGGUUGAUCUCUAUACAGUUGCAUCAGUAUAGUAAAUUUCCCUUUCUCCCUCGACGGUGAAGUAUCUUCUUUUCUUCCCCAGCAAUUUUUCCAUUACAGCAACCCAAGCAAUCCUUUCCUCUCAACUCUUUUAUUCCAUUCCAAUCUCAAAAACCCCUUUCCAUCUUCUCAACAAUCAUCAUCACCAUCACUAUCACUAAAACAACCAAAACCUAAACAGCAACCAUGAUGCUCCGAGUUCGAAGCCGCGACGGCCUUGAAAGAGUAAAACUAGAAAACCCAAACGGAACAAAAGUCUCCGAACUCAAAUCCAUAAUCGAAAAUCAAUUGCGAAUUCCCACUCACAAUCAAACCCUAUCCACUAACCAAAACCUCUUACUCGCCAAAUCUCGUGAAGAUCUUCUCCGAUUCACUGAUAUGUCAAACCCUAACACUCUCUUAACAGCUUUAAACCUCUCUCACGGUUCAAUUGUGUUCUUAGCCUAUGAAGGCGAACGUAGGGUUCAAGGCCCAGCGGCUUUCAGUCCCGCCGGGUCUUUCGGUAAGAAGAUGACCAUGGACGAUCUCAUCGCCAAACAGAUGCGUGUCGGGCGACAGGAGAAUCCGCAUUGCGAAAUCGUUUCGUUUGAUCGCGAUUGUGCUAAUGCGUUUCAGCACUACGUGAAUGAGACGCUGGCUUUUGCGGUUAAGAGAGGUGGGUUUAUGUAUGGGACUGUUUCGGAGGAAGGGAAGGUUGAGGUGAAUUUUAUAUAUGAACCGCCGCAACAAGGUUUGGAAGAGAAUCUUAUGUUUUUUAGGGAUCCUGAGGAGGAGAAAUAUGUGGAAGCUAUUGCGGCGGGGUUAGGGAUGAGAAGGGUUGGGUUUAUUUUUACUCAGAGUGUGAGUCAGGCGAAAAAGGAUUAUACUUUGUCUUAUAGGGAAGUGUUGCAGGCUGCUGAGUAUCAUGCGGAGAGUGGUUUGAAGGAGUGGGUUACUGCGGUGGUGAAGCUUGAGGUGAAUGAAGAAGCGGGUGGUGCUGAUGUUCAUUUUGAAGCUUUUCAGAUGAGUGAUGUGUGUAUUAGGUUGUUUAAGGAAGGUUGGUUUGACACUGAGGUUAAGGAGGAUCAUGAUCCUAAGUUGUCUAUAAUGAAGAAGGAUGUGGUUGUUGGUGUUAAGGAUACUAAAGAGGUUGAUAAUGAUUUUUUCUUGGUGGUUGUCAAAAUCUCUGAUCAUCAGGGUCCUCUUUCGUCAACAUUUCCCAUUGAGAACCGGAAUACUCAAGUGACUGCAAAGGCGCUGAAGAAUCAUCUUGAACGGACUAAAAAUCUUCCAUUUGUGAAGCGAAUUUCAGAUUUUCAUCUUCUUCUCAUACUCUCAAGGGUUUUGGACGUGAAUGCUGAUGUUCCUGCAUUGACAGAAUGUGUACUGACACAGAGUGCUGUAGCAGAAGGUUACCAGAUCCUUAUUGAGUCCAUGGCUAGUGCUGCUUAGUGCUUUAUGCAGGUGCUCGGGGCUCAUGUAGGACUAUGACCAAAAAAAAACAUGCACUAUAUGUUCUGGUCCUUGACACUAAUUUAGUGCAUAUUUCCCAAUUGCGCACACAAUGUUUAUAUGUUGUUUACUUAUAACAUUACUUCUCGUGGCAUUGCUGCAUAAAUGAACUAAUAUUGUGAUCCA